AUGGCUCUACUUGAUGAUAUGGAUGCUAAUGGAGCACUUCUUUGCCUUAGGCCCAUCCAAAUUGAGAGACGACUCAAGUCUUGGGGACCACUCGCAGGUGGAGUCAAUGCCUUGCAUACUUCGCAACAGAACACCAUACAUCAGGCAGGAACGCCUGCAACAAGUUCUCGGCGAGACCAAUCUGCCACGAACGCAGAGAACUACGCUCGGGAAAGCGAGGACAUUCUAGAGAUCGAGAAUCAGCCUCAACUUCUUCGUGAUCGGCCUGCAUAUUCCAACCAGAAAGACAUGCCCACAGGCCAUCAAACGCAUUGGGAGGAACUCAGAUCUUUGGAACCAAUCUCGGUUGUCAGUCCAAAGACCAGGUCCGAUCUCCUCAAAGGCGUCGGUCCUCUUUCGCAGGCGGAGCAAGCUUGCCUCGCUGACUUGUUCGAAAAGAUCCCAUUGGGACAAUUUGAUAACCCGUCAAAAGCCGGCUUGGGUAAUUUUAGCCCAGAGCGUCGGUAUCUAAAGAACAUUCUACCAUAUCUGCGCGGGUAUAUGCCGGAGCUGCUUGAAUCUAUUCAGCAUCCAAAACGGCCCGUUUGCAAUGAGAGCAAACAUACGACGCCUCUUUCCGAGACUUGCAACCCAAGCGACCUGGUGCACGACGGGAUUCUGCCGCAGCAUGGGAUCAGAGACAGUUUUGCUGGGAAGCAAGACCUGGAGCUAACUGAUGGAUAUGACCACCACGGAAACAACAAUCGCGCCAAACGCGUGUGGGACAGCCAUUCGUCAACACAGGCGGAUUCACCAAAACCGAUUGGUCCUAAUAAGCGGCGUGUGGCCCCUCAACGACAACAAAUAAGAUGCACUUCACCGGUAUUUUUCACAACAGCUAGAACUUCUACUAGUGUCAUGGCUGGCGCGAAAUCCAUUCAGCAGCGCCAAAGACGUCGCUACUCGUUUCAUCUAGGCGAAAACAAAGAAAAUGAGGCCCCCGAACCAUCUGAUUUUAUGAAGAGACGACAUUCCGCAAGCUCGAUGAGCUUUAGACGGAUAACGGGAAUGGCCUCUUGCUCGGGGGAGAGUUCUUAUGCUGUCAGUGACAUAGUAUUGGAUGAGCUGAGGGUAGAUGCUAGCAAUGUGAUUGCAGGCUUGGCGAAUUUUGUUCCGACGCCCACGCCCAACUCCCUGGCUGUGGAGAUGGAUCUGUUAGGCAUUGCCGUAGAGGAUUGA